GAACGAGCAGAGCAACAACGCUCAGUCGAGCACGGGCACGGGGCACACCUCACUCCGGUUCGGGUGCCCCAGAAAAUAUCUCCUCCUCGCCCUCCGCUUUUGCGCUUUUCCCUAGACCUCGCGCCCCUCCGAUCAAUGGCCACCGGCGGGGAGAAGCGAGCGGCGCUGCUGCGCCAGAUAACGGAGGAGGGCGGCUUCGCGUUCGUGGCCUCCGCGGAGAAGGCGGCCACGGGGGACCUCCAGGCGGCGGAGGCGGCGCGGGAGAUGGCGUGGGAGCAGCUGCACUCGGCGCCCCGGAGCGAGGUGGGUGCCGCGUGGCGGGACGCCUACGCGCUCGCCUGCCUCCACGUGGCGGGCAUCCGCGCCGCCGGCGGCGUCGACGACGACCGACUCGCCGCGCUACGGGCGCUCGACAUGGGGCUCAUCAUGGGCGGGGGGCUCCUCCGCGCGGAGCUCGAAGACACCAUCGCGCGGGUCGUUGCGAACCGCGGCGGCCGCGAUGGGGAGGGGGAAGCCGGCGGGGAUGUGGAGAGGUGGAAGGAAGGGCUCGCUGGGCACCGAGACCUUGCCGAUGUGCUCAAACUUCUGCCAGUGAAGUCCCUAUCUUGUAAGCAAAUUGAGAGACGAUCAUGCAUUUCUUUGGAGGCAUUUAUACGUGAUUACUUUUUAUAUGAGUCCCCUGUUAUACUCAGUGGCUGCAUUGAUCAUUGGCCUGCAAGGACAAAGUGGAAGGACAUAAAAUACCUAGAGAGCAUAGCUGGAGAUCGGACUGUUCCUGUUGAGGUUGGAAAACAUUAUGUGUGUACUGAGUGGAAACAGGAGUUUAUUACAUUUUCUCAAUUUCUUGAGAGGAUGUGGUCGAAUGAUUCUGCAAACUUGACAUAUCUAGCUCAGCAUCCAUUGUUUGACCAGAUAAAGGAGCUCCGUGAAGACAUAACAGUUCCUGAGUACUGUUAUGCAGGUGGUGGGGAACUCCAGUCGCUUAAUGCUUGGUUUGGCCCUCAUGGGACAGUAACCCCGUUGCAUCAUGACACACAUCACAACCUUUUUGCUCAGGUUUUGGGCAGGAAAUAUUUUAGACUCUAUCCUGCUUCCGUAUCUGGGGACUUGUACCCUCACACAGAAACCAUGAUAAGCAAUACUAGCCAGAUCUUGACAACAUUGAUGAAAAGGAGUUCCCAAGGGCAGGAGAUCUUGAAUUCAUGGACGGCAUAUUGGAGGAAGGAGACCUGCUUUACAUUCCACCAAAAUGGUGGCAUUACGUCUGAUCCGCCAUUUUGUUCAGCGGCAUGUCAUCAUCUACUCGUCGAAAGCGCCCAUGAUCGCGUGCAGCAGCAAGCGCCGAAGCCGACGCACGGGCGCAGACCCUGGUGUUGUCGCCGCCACCGCCUCGGAUGCAUGCAUGGUCCCUGCACCUCAUCGGCCUCAUCGGGUGCCGCCGGGUACAGGCCACAGCGACCUACUGGACCACGUCCGAUUCCGCGCCGCGUGCCCGCACAACACCGUCAGCCCGCGAGGCCGCGGCGUCGUGGACCCGCGCUUCCACCCGCGGCGAUGGAUGAUGCUACCGGAGGGCCACGGCAAGCUGCGCGGGUACGUCGGCUUCUUCAACCUCUCGAACGUGGCUUCCCUAUUCACGUUCCUAGUUCCCAGCUAGGUGGCGCGUUUUGAUUGGUUGCUAUUUGCUGGUGGGCCUGGCAAGGAAACGACGCUAGUUUCCGUUGCUUCUCCUUCCAUCUCGACGUCUCCACUGUUCCUCUGUUACUCCCGAUUCUCUCUCUGCAUCAUUGAGCAAUGGCAAAACGUGAAGGCCAGAUUCCAACCCUUGCCUCACAGCCUCCUCUGUGUAGCUGACCGGGAUCGCCGUGUUCCUCGGCUGACCUGGGUUGUGCCUCCGCUUGCGCCUUGGCUUCGACGCCGAGCUACUAGACUACUUCACCCGCCUUCACCGUUGAGCUUGCCAUCGGGAGCCGACCGUAGCCGCGGCAACAAGCACACUAAUCCACGUCCACGUCGUUGCUGCCGCAAUGUCGUCGAGGUCGUACGCGUGGGACGGCGCACUUUCGGCGGUGGUCGGUCCGCCGCAUUGGCGGUGCAUGCAAGGCGGGCAGGAGUGGCGAUGGCGAACUGGUCUGGGCUGCAAGGCCAUGUUCAGGCUCAGCGUGCCGAGGUCGGAAGCUAGUACAACGUUAGUGCAUUACAUGGUUUGUCGUCUUUGCAAGCCAUAGCGCAUUGUUCUUUGCUACUAUAUACUAAUGUGACUGAGGAAAUAUAGCGGUUGCAGCAACAUUUGUUGCAAGAAUGUA